GCCCGGACCGCGGCCCAGAACUUCCCAGACGCCCGAGUAGCAAGCGCCGGCGGCGGGGUCCGCUCGUGCGUCCCGGUUUUCCAGGUGUGAUUGGAGGGGGCGCGUUCCCGGGCUGUGGCCAUUGUGCGCAGGCCGGGCAUCUCCUCUCGGCCUCCGCGCCCGAGUCUCGGCGCCCAGAGGCCCUUGAAGCCGGUUCCUCCGCGUCGGUCCGACUUUGCCGCCGCGCCCCCGGCGCGCCCUCAGCUCCCGCGGGCCUGCGGGCUGAUGUCCUGAGCUCCCUGCCCGCGGGCGCAGCGCCCUGCAUCGGGGCCGCGCUGGGGAGCUGAGGGGAGGCGGCCGGGUAUGCGCCAGCACCAUGUCCCAGCUGGGCUCGUGGCUAGGUGAGGUGCAGUGGCUCGUCCUGGUGUUGCUCUUCGUCGCGGCCCUGGGCACGGUGGGCCUGUACCUGGCGCAAUGGGCGCUGGCCAGGGCGAGACCACGGCCCCAACGGCGGACAGAGGAGCCUGGCGAGGGGCAGCGCCCCGAGACGGACGCCCUGCUGAGCUGGAUCCUGACGCUGAACAGCUGGCGGAGCCAGUGGCAAGCGGCCUGGGUGACGGCUCUGAACGAAGAGGCCAAAAACAAAGGGGGCCCGCUGCUCCUGGCCUUCGAGGAGGACCUGCUGCAGCAGCCCCUGGAGCUGGCCGUGCAGCAAGUCUCGAGUGUGACCAAGUCUGCCCAGGAAAAGGUGGUGUCUUGUGAUGUGGUCGGUGAAGCCAUUCAGUUCAUCGUUUCUGUACUGCCUGCUUCUCCUGAAGGCAUGGGGCGCCGACUCUAUGACGUACGGCUCUCCCCUGUUCAUUUACAGCUAGAGCUGCGCCUGGAGGAGAAGAGAGAAGACAUCCAGAUCAGGUGGUCCUUCAUCAGCCUGCCGGAAAUGGCCAUUCAGAUCCGGCCCAAAGCACUGCGGGAGGACCAGAUGGGUGAGACCAGUGCAAUAGCUGAAACUCUCAAGGAUAUCUUGAAGCAUCUGGUUAGCUCUGCUUCCCCGUCGGUGGUUCUGAGCACAAAGCCGACGAGUGUCAAGGAAGUUCAGACUCUACAGCGCACUUCUGCUCCUCAGGAAUCCUGCCCUCCCAAACCGCCAAGGGCCCAUGAGCUAAAACUCCUGGUGAAAAACAUCCGAGCCUCGCUGCUAAGUGACUCCGGUGUUUCAGGCUGCGUGAACCCAGUGUGCACAGUCCAGCUGAACGAGCCCUUGCAGAGCUUCUCCAGCUCACCGGCGACGAACACUGGUGACCUCACUUGGGAGAUGGAGUUCGGCUUUGAGCUGAAUGCCAAAUCGAAGGAGUUACAGCUGCAGCUUUCGGAGGAUGGAAGACCCUCAGAAGGUCUGUUUGCAAUGACAACGAUUCCUUUAGAUUUAUUUAAGAAGCAACCUUCUGGACCACAGAGCUUUACGUUGACCAGCGGGUCCACCGCGGGCAGUCCAGUGUUGGGCUCGGUCACUGCAGAGUUUUCUUAUGUAGAACCCAGUGACUGGAGGCCCUGGCCAGCCCCUCCCCCUGUUCCUGCUGCGAAGAUAGAGAAAGAUCGCACAGUGCUGCCCUGUGGGACUGUGGUCACCACGGUGACUGCUUUGAAAACCAAGAAGCCUCGCUUCGACGCAGGGAGGGCAUCACCGCUGAGCCCUGAGUCUCCUGCGAAAACGCCCGUGAAAGUGAAGGUGAUCGAAAAAGAUAUCUCUGUCCAAGCCAUCUCCUGCCACGGCGCCCCCGUCAGUAAAACUUUCUCUUCUUCAGACACAGAAUUGUUGGUGUUGAACGGUUUGGAUCCAGUGGCGGAAGUGGCCAUCCGACAACUCAGCGAAUCUUCAAAACUGAAACUCAAGUCACCGCGGAAGAAAAGCACUAUCAUCAUCUCGGGGAUCUCCAAGACCUCCUUAUCUCAGGACAACGAAGCUGCCCUGAUGCUGGACUAUGCAGCCUCCAUGGACAGUGGGCGUCAGGAGGAGUCCCUGUCUCAUCUGGGGGCCGCUGUUGCCUCCGCCCCGCUUGAGGAAGACCAACCUGCCCAGGCCCCACCUGCCUUCGAGCCCCUGGAGAAUGAACUCGAGUCCUGGGACUUGGAGAAGGAGUCUGAGGCCACCGGGUGGGAUGGCCAUGGCCCGCUGGACCUCGAUGGAGAUGAGCUGUCAGAGAGCUCCUUGAGCGUCUCAGAGCCAGGCACUGCCAAGAAGCACAAAGGUGGAAUUUUACGGAAGGGUGCAAAGCUGUUCUUCCGCCGGCGGCAGCAACAGAAAGACCCGGGCAUGAGCCAGUCCCACAAUGACCUCAUAUUUCUGCAGCAGCCGGAGGGGGCCAGGAGGAAGGGGAUGAUCCUCAGCAGGAUCCUGAACAAGAAGCUGCUGUCCAGACCCAGAAGCAAGAAUGCAAUGAACGGUGCCCCUGUGGACCCCUGUGCAUAGGGCUGGCGGUUGGCAGCCUCCUUCCCGUGAACCCGUAUUAAUACCCUCACCGGGACAAAGCAUACGUGCCAGUGAGCUGUCACGUGGCCCUGCUUUGUCUAGCUUAGUGGUUUCCAACAAUUUGUUCUUUUAAAGGGGGAAAAAAUUAUACAUAUAUGUAUAUAAUUUUUUGUAAGAAGUCUCCAGCCAGGAGGCUUCCCCCAGAGAGGACUGACAAAACCUCAUUUGCUACCAGAUGUCACAUGAGACCCAAAAGCCCCAUAGCUGGGGCUGUGCACCAAUCUAAGCAUUGAGGUUAAAUAUUAGAAGGAGAUUUUUACAUUGUGAGCUACAUGACAUGCUCUUCUGGACUGUGGGGGUGACAGGUUUGGGGGACUCAACUUUAAACUCUACACCCUGAGUGGAGUCCACAACUGGACCUUGUUCUAAAGACAAGGUACACCUCUUCUGUGCUGUCGCUGUAAGCAGAAUGGAUGGGUCACCUCUGAUUAUUGGCUGCUCAGGAUAAAAAGUGCAGCUGGCCCUGAGUACAGGGAGGUGAGACAUAGGCAGAAGUAUUGGUAAAUAGAGAAAUUCUAAUAACAAUGGAAAUGCUAUGAUAAAUGUAGGAAGACACUUGCCUUUGAUAUUAGCCAUAGUACUUGAAAAAUUAUGCAACUACUAAAAUAUCCUAUGCAUAUUAUGCGGAACACUUUUUUGCAAGUUUACUUUGAGCCUACUUGCACAUGGAAGAUAUAUAUAAAUCCUUACGUGGUUUUUAUAUUUUUCUCAAUCGUGUCAAGAGCUCUAAUAACAACGGAGCCAUGAACACAUGGAUUUUUGUCUUCUCUGGCAUACUGGCUAAGCAAGAGUGCCGGCAAGCCCGUCAGAACGAAGUUAGAAGCAAUAAGCGACAGCUUUAACCACACAUACGUGGUUUUUCUUUAGCCUAAGGUUGAUUUGCCAAACAUUGCCAAUAGCCAGAACAAGUACUUUUAUGGUCACAGAGGAAAUUGUUUUGUGUCUCAGGUGUUUCUAAGUUUUAUAACAAAUGAGCCUAACUUCAUCCGAUUCCUUCUGUGACUCGUCAGAAUUCCACUUUGAACAGGGCUCGACUCAUUCUGGGGUACCUUUGUUUGAUUUCCAGUGGAAAAAAAAUGAUAAACUCGGCACACACUUUUAAUAUUCCAGUGUACCUCUCAAAACCUUUCUUCCUUAGUAUGACUUUCUCCUUAGGCUCGUUCACUGUGUUCACAUAAGUCCACUUAUUUUUGCAUGUGUCAUCUCCCAUGGACAUGCCUGUUAAAGAGCAGUUGUCAUCGGGGUGAAAUGUUUUCACAGUUUAAUUAGAUUCAUUUUCCUCCAAUAAGAUUCCAAAGGCUGUUAGGGAAACAGAUGUGAGGUUGCGUGACUGCCAUGUUAGCUGCUUGCUAGUCGUUAAACAUGUGUUUCAGGGCCAAUCAAGGCAUUGAUGAACAAAAAUCAUUAUAAAAAAGAACAGAAUUAUGGGAUUUUUUCUUUUCUUGUGUGUGGGAGAGAUCAGAAAACUAAGAAUCGAACUUUUAAUGCGCACUUCCAAAUUCUUAGGUGCUCUGGGAAUUACCACAGACUUUCAAAGGACUUUUUCAUCAUGCGUUGUUUCCAAAGGUUCUGUCCCGAUUUUAAUCAUUGUGAAUUAGCACCUGGAGUUCAAAAAAAAAAAAAAAAAAAAAUUAAUACCAAGUUAGUCUCCAGAGGUUAGUAA